CACGUAGCGCUACUCGGGCGGGCGGGGCGGAGCGUCCCGCUUGCCCCGUUCCGGGAGGGGCCUUCCCCCGGCCACCGCCUCCUCGCAACCCGGCGCCAUGGCAGCCGCCGCCACAGCCACCUGGUGCUACCGCGGGGAUCCCCAGGCCGAGCAGCCGGCAGUGCUGGUGCAGUUCUCCAACGGCAGGCUGCGGCGGCCCGACUCCAUGCGGUUCACCGUCUACCGGAACAAGGACACGGCCCAUCCCCGGAAGAAGCGCCGGAGAAUCCUGGUCUCAGAAACGGAAAGGCUCUCAUAUGUGGGGAAUAACUUUGGCAACGGGGUUAUGAAAUGUAACUCCUUGUGCAGGUAUUUCGUUGGUGUGUUAAACAAGGACUCUGGGCAAAUGGAAGUCUAUAAUGCUGAAAUUUUCAACAUGCAGCCCUUGCUGUCAGAUAACUUAAUACCUGAUGACACAAAGGAUUAUCAGAAUAAAUCCUACAGGGAGAAGAUGGAUUUGUGCAUUGAGGCCUUUGGUACCAGCAAGCAGAAGCGAGCUCUGAACUCUCGGCGAAUGAAUGCAGUGGGCAAUGAUAUUCUGAACACAGCUGUGACCAAAGCAGCAGCAAACGUUAUCGAUGCAAAGGGAGUAACAGCUUUGAUCCAGGAUGUAGCCCAAGAGGAUGUGCAGAACAUCUCCGUCUUCCUCCCACCGUGUAAUGAAGAGGCUGACAAGCCAGAACAUGUUUACAAGUUUGAGGACAUUCUGUCCCCAGCAGAGUAUGAAGCAUUACAAGUUCCAGCAGCAGUGUUUGUUAACAUCACUCCAGAAGAAGUCACCAAGAAAACAGAAGAUAGAAGUCAUUGCUCCUUUGUUUUAGAGGAGCUGAAGUUUUUGCCUACUGAUGAGAAGAGGAAGGAUCACAAAGCCAGAUGCCUCUGGUUCCUGGAUACCUUGAUUAAGUUCAGCUACCUGAAAGUCAUCAAGAAGAAGCAUCCGAUGGGUCCUGAAUGCCCACACAUCAUUAGCAGGAAACUCAUGAAGAAUUUCACUUCGCUGACCUACAACAAUGGCAGUCUACAGAAUUUAGUCUCUUCAUCGAUGAAGGCUAAAAUCACAGCUUACGUCAUUGCAUUGGCUCUGCACAUCAACAACUUCCAAAUAGACCUUACUGUCCUGCAGAAUGACCUGAAGCUCCAGGAAAGCAGGAUGCUGGACAUCGCAAGGGCCAUGCGGCUGAAGGUCUCCAAGGCCAAGGGGCCUCUGGGACUUGAGAAUGAGCAGAACCACAAGCUGGGGACUCUGUCUCUCCCCUUGCCUGUGCAGAAGGCAUCAGGGAGCCAACGGAAGCGCAAGAAAAUGAACUAAAACAGGGUGGGGAGGUGGAUCUGAGCAGGGACAAACCCCUUCCCCUCUCAGCUGCCCACAUGGCAUCACUGGGAUGCUUUGUCUGCUGGAUUUGUCUGUCCAGCAUCAGCGUAUGACCCUGCUGAAACCCUGUCUCAAGGCUGGGUGGGGACAGAUGUUCAACACAUUAAACUGCUUCAUUUUUCUAUUUGUGUAGAAAAAGCUAUUAAAAAAACCCUGGAGUGGAA